AUGGCUAAAAAAAGGACUUUGUCGGGAAAUGUUGGUGUUGCUGUUUUCAUUUUUGCAUUAAUUUGCAUUUUCAUUUCAUUCUGCUCAUCGAGUUGGCUCAUCUCAGAUCGUCGAAUCACUGGAGCCAAAUUUGACCGAUUGGGUCUAUGGACACAUUGUUUCAGAUCACUCCCAGAUCCUAAAGAUGAAUACCAAAGAAGAUUUUUUGUUGGAUGCCGAUGGAUUUAUGACCCCUUUACUACAGGAUAUGAUGAGAUUAGAGGAUACUUAAUGCCACCAUUUAUAAUAGCCACUCAAUUUUUUUAUACGUUGGCGUUCAUUGGGAUCCUACUGUCAUUUAUAUUAGUUUUGCUAUUCUUUUUAUGCUGUGGACCGGAUCAAAAGUAUUUUGUAAAACUUACUUUUCUGGUUGGCAUUAUUAUGGUUGCAGUAGGUUUUUGUAGUGGCUUAGCUAUUAUAGUAUUUGCUAUCUGGGCAAACCAAGAUGGUUGGAUGUUGGGGCAUGAAAAUAAUUUCUUUGGAUGGGCAUUCGCUUUAGCGAUCGCAGGCUGUCUUGCAUCAUUCAUUGCAGGAGGUUUUUUUCUCACUGAAGGUAUGGUUCAAAAGAAGAAAAGAAAAUAUCUUAAAGAAUCUCAAAGUCGAUUUGAAAUGGAACAGGAGACCAAAGCGUAG